AUGGUUUUCAGGUACAAAGAGGCGGUUUUUUCAAGGGUCUUCUCGCUAUUGGGUGGUUUUGAAUCUCGACUUCUGUUCACUGUGAUGAAGAAAGCUAUUCUUGGUCUACUCACAUGCAGUGCUGCAUUAGGAAAUGACAUCUCCGCAUCGUUGCAUUUAUCUAACCAUUUCCAAACUUUAGUUGAUGCAUGGGUUGAAUUGGUUGUGGGAUAUGGAAUUUCAGGAGGAGCAAGUGUAGGAACAAUUACAGGAGCCAUCAAAGGGCAGACAACAGAAACUGGGUUCUUACAUGGGGCUGGAAUAGGUGCAGUGACAGGGGCCAUCACAGCCGUACAGUUGAUGGAAUUAAUGCUUCAUGGAGAGCCAUUUUCCAAGGUUGCCCUCUUAUGUAGUCUGCUAAAUGGGAAGGUGUUUGUGGAAUGGGUCACACCUGCAGUGCUAAAGGCUUAUCAGUGGCAAGUGAACGUGCAUUUAAAAUAUCAGAUAAGCAGUUUGGAAACAAGUUUUAGAGAGAUCUCAGACAUUUACGGAAUCAGUGAAACUAGAGGGUUAUCUCAGGAUUCCAUUAAGAAGCUACCAAACCACAUCUUCCAUUAUUCCAACAGCAACUCAAUGAGACCAUGCCACCAGAUUAAUUGCACAAUUUGCUUAGAGGAUUUCAAGAAUGGAGACAAUGUAAGAAUACUACCAAGCUGCAGACACCGUUUUCAUUCGCACUGCAUAGAUGAAUGGCUAAGCAGGCAUGGUUCUUGCCCAGUAUGCAGAGAAGAUGUUUGA